AUGGCUACAUUGAUGCAAUCGAACAACGAACCUGCCGCCAUCUCCAACCCUUUAACUGGGACAUCCACAUCGAUCAUCUCCAACCCGUCCGAUUCUAUUGCUUUUCUGAAGCAAACGAAAGCAGAUUCGAACCUGACCUCUAUCGCAAGCGCUGGACUGAACGUCUCUCGAUCUCGAGACUCAUUACCGCCGAUAACAGCAGUUCCAUCGGCGGUCAGUCCGACGGAUCGGAUAAUGGAGCAUGAAAAGGAACCGGAGCGAAACAGCUCGCAAGUGGCAAGGGAGGCUUUAGGCGCCAGCGAAAAGCAGCAGGGCACGCCAGGAAAUGAUUCCAUACAAAUAGCCUCCGAGCAGAUGCAGGUCGAUUCGCAGGCAUCCCCUAACAAUGCGUCCGAUGCAUUCGGGACCUCCGAGAAUAAUACGUCACUUAUGAACACAUCUACUGUCGCCAGUCCCGGUCCAAUAGAGGACUCCGUUUCCCACGAUGGGGAACGUUCAGGCCAUCGCGAUGAGGUUGAAAUGCCACAAGAUACGAGUAACAAGGCCUUCUCCUACCCCAUGCCCACAACCAGCCUCGGUGACCCCCGUCGCGGUCUCAGUCUGCCUGGUUCCGGGUUCCACAAAGGUGGACAACGCUCGCCCUCGACGAAAAAGCACCGUUGCCCCUACUGUGCAACCGAGUUCACAAGGCAUCAUAACCUCAAAAGCCACCUUCUAACCCACAGCCAGGAGAAACCGUAUGUUUGCCAGACAUGCCAAUCGCGAUUUCGCAGACUUCAUGAUCUAAAGCGGCACACGAAGCUCCAUACAGGCGAGCGGCCACAUAUCUGUCCGAAAUGUGGGCGUCGAUUUGCUCGGGGCGACGCUCUGGCUCGCCACAACAAGGGCCAGGGGGGCUGCGCUGGGCGCCGGGCGAGUAUGGGCAGCUAUGCCCCUGAUGACGACUUCGGCGAUGCGACCGGCCCUGGGGGUGCGGAUGACGCGAUGGACGGUUUAGUAUAUGCCGAACCAGAGCGCAUGGAUGAGGAAGACGAACGGCGAGUUAGCAUGCCCAGCAUAAAGAAACACGAUGUACCCACAGAAUCCAUUGCCCGCUCCAACACUGCGACAAGCUAUCAGUCGCGACAGCCGAGCACAUACCCUCCGAUUGCCGCAGGCCGACCCUCUCCUGGGGGUUUAUUCCCCCCUCCCACAAGUCAUGGGGGCUCCAGCGCAUCGACAUCUCCCAUCUCUCAAACUGGCAAUAUGACAUUUCCCCCUCCAGGCCAGACUUCUGGAGCUUCGGUAUUUCAGUCGACAAACAUCACAGAAAGCCCGAAGCCGCUUUCGCCCAACGCCCUGCCUUCUCACCAAUUAGGACCGGGUCCGGAUGGAAUCCAGCUCCAUCGCUCCCAUUCUCCUGGCCUGGCUUCGUCAUUCCCCCAGCAACCGUACACCAGAGCAGUGCCUUCUCAGACGUCCACCGCCAACCAUGCUUCUGGGUUAGGUCUUCCUCCUCCCCAGCCGGGGGCGCCUCAACUGCCCCCUCCGCCCGGCAUGAAUUCUGAAUCCCGUUUUCCGCUUCACGCCCAAGGAUCUGUCCAGCCGCCAGGUGCCAAACAUCACUCGUCGCACAGUCAUUCUAGUAACCACAGUGGACCUUUGGUGUCCAAAACAGGCCAAGAAGUGGUAACCAGCAAUGGCGGUCAUCAUCCGAGUGCUCAUGACUCGAGCUACAAUGACCAGGCCCGGGAUCGAGAAGAUUCGCUAUGGGCAUACAUUCGCUCUGUCCACGAAGAAUUAGCCGGACUCAAAACCGAAGUCGCCGCCUUGAGGGCGCAAAUAGCGUCCUCGAACGUCAACACGUUAACCGCAUCCAGUGCCAGCGCUGCCCAGCCGCAGUACGAAGCGGGCACCGUCGGCACCGCACAACGAUGA